AUGGCGGCACCGACGGCAGCCACAGUACGGACACGUACGGCCCUAGAACUUCCAGCAUCUGACGCGCAGUUGCGGGAGUGGAUCAGGACCAGAGUGAAAGAAGAAUUCCAGGACGAACUUUUCAUCUUCUUCAAAAAUGAAGAAUCCGUCGUGAUUGACAACAUGUUUGAGUGGAGUGAGUCGUGGCACCAGGCACGAAUGCGUCAGAUGUUAUUCUUCCUCCAGGUUGACCCAAAACAUUGGGAAUGGUCUAGUAAAAAAGGCAGAGACGAGGCACGAAAAAAGGCGAACGAGGUAGUGCAUCGGCCAAAUAUCGCGGUCGACUGUCUGGUCAACGAGUCGAGGCAAUGGAAAUCAUGGAUAGAAACCGACAACAUUUUUGAGAACGUGUAUCAAAUGCGCAGAGAAGAUGCAAGAAGGAUCAGAGAUAUGGCUACUUCGUUUGAUCAAGCCAUCCCCGAGGAUAUAAAAGCCGCAUUUGCCUGGUCCUUGCAGUUCAUCGAUCGAUAUCUCGACUGGAAGCAAAAUGUUUGUCAGCAGGAAGGGAAGCUUUAUCGCAAUUCUUCUUAUAAUCCUGAUACUAGUGUCCCUUUACCUCCUCGUCAUCACAGAAAUGAGAGUGAUUGGAUGCCUUCGCUUGCAGCGCGUUUGCAAGAAUACGAGGCUCGAUUUCGUGUUUUUCUGAAUCGUCUGGAGGAAAUUCUGGCAGAAGCUGAGCAACCCGCGACUAAUGCCGACGGAGAGGCUACCCGUGGAAUCGAGCCGGCCACGUGGGAUGGCUUUGACUUGGCGGUUCAAGCCAUCGUCGAACGUGUCAGACAAUCGAAUUUGAGGCAGGUGUACAUCCCGGCGGAAGAUAUGCCUAUAUGGCCAGCAUCUCAAGGGGCCUCUGAUUUCACUGCAAAACCGCCACGACCAGUUUCCGCCUGUCGGCCAAAAAAGAGGAGGAGAGGCGCUGAGGAGACAGGCGAUGAUUCCACUACCGGUGGAGGUAAAAGGCGAAGCUGA